GGUUUCUUGACCGUAUACGAAGACAAAUUCCACCCCCGCGGUAGGGUAGGCAGCCUCUUAUUUGGCUCUCGUGGUCGUAAGAAGGAUACGAAAGGCGGCGACCCGCUGAAGCCGUUGCCGUCCCCGUACAGCCCGACAAAUGGCUUGGAGCAGGUAUUUGCGCUCGCUCUGACGCCGCAGCUUUUCGACGUGGCUCAAGAUUAAGGCAAUCGGUGUGCAGGAGUGUCGCGAGUGCUUAUCUUGUCUGUGCUAUUGUCAUGCUGCUCCUGUUGGUCCAUCAGAAUCAGAGGGCCCGCCCAGUUAUUGAUGUGGAAGAAUAGCGAAGGCGCCCGGCAUAGCUAGUAUUAGACCAGGGCUUUACUCGUUGCACCACGUAGGUUUUUUUUCUACUUUUGCUAGCCUGUCAAGUCAGGGCCCAGCCUCUUUGGGACCGCUGGGGCCAUCCCGAUAGCUUGGCAGUGUGUGAACCCUCGGAGCGGGACUCCCCUCCCAAGGACCGCCGCCAGGGGGGUCCCAACCCUUGGGAGGCUCGGCUCGGAGAUACCUUGGAGGGGUGUCAAAAAGGGGGACAAAAAGGGCCCACUCUGACACCCCAAACGGCCUGGGCCAUUUGGCGACCAUUUUGGGCCAAAAAGGGCAGCCUUAAAAAGGCACCCCCUGGCCCCCACUGGGUGGGGCUGUUUCGGUCCUCGCAAAAUGACCCGGUCGCUUUUUUUCAAAAAAGGGGCGCAAAAUGCACCCAAAAAAGUGGCCCGUCAUGUUUUUGGCCAAAAAGUGCCGCUUUCGGGCACCCCUUGCCUCACUCACGCCUCCGCGUCGGAGGUUGGCCCCAUGGACGGCGAGCCAGGUGCCCUCAGCAGCUGCCUGUCUGCGAAUGUCCACGACGCCGAAGGCUUACGGCCACGCGAUCGCCGGGGCGUAUCGGUGUGCGCCAGGCCUUGCACCUGGCUGCACUUUUCAAAGAAAAUCUAUUUGGUGCAACGGGGCAAGCCCUGGCCGAGUAGAAGGGCUGUGCACUACUUCGCUCGGCUGGCGCCCGGCGUGCGUGGUGUUUAGUAUUCGGCGUUCGUUUUCAGUGCGUGCAUUUAGUGGCGCCUAACUUGUGCUCUCUAUUCCAUUCGGCGUUCCAUUUUUUUUGCCCUCCCUCCUCGCCCCUCCCUGCGGCGUGAUGCACUCGCCCGUUGUGGCAUCUGGCGAGUGUCGCGCGCUUUCAUAUCGUUGCUAGCUCGUCUUUCGGUCACUACUCAGCGAACUCGGGUGUUCUCUUUCCAUGAGUUCGCAUGAAACCGAUGCGCCGCUGGCGGGCUAGUCUGGCGCCGCGUCGACAGCCCUACCUAGCAAAAUGGGGCCUUUCCUAAUCCCAUUUCUGUCAGCACCUUCAAGGACGCGCCUCAGCUAAACUACACUGAUACACAUUUGCUGGGAAGGGGGGGCGCGUGUCGGUUUGUUUGGUCUUUCAGUUUCAGUGGCUAUCGAUGCCGGCAGGGUGGAAAGGGCGCGACCUUGUUCAAGAAGAUGACUGAGCGAGAACGGCCGCCAACCUGCAAGGAAGCUCUAACAAAAGCUGUGCAAGAAGUCUAUCGGAGAAAAUGGUAAAGGCAUCAAAGCGAAGGCUGCUGCCAAGUUCGGAGAACCCUGUGAGCGCAUCAUUAUGGCCUCGGUAACUCAUAAAAGACUGUCAUGCACAAUUAGGGCGAUGAUUCACGGCGGAGGCCAUGGUGGGCCUUGGGCUUGAGCCUCGGGGCGUGUAGUUGUAUAUAAUUGUCUUCGACAUCUGCUUCCCCAUAACGAAGGGCAACGAAGCACCCUAGCCCUUCUGUUUCUCUUCGUAUAUUUUCAGUAGCUCCCUUCUCUCUUUGGAAUUUCGGAUGACUUUGGAUUUGAUUUCUUUGAUUGCACCAACUCAUAGCGUCCUCUCAUUUAUUUCUCUCGUGCGUUCUUGUGGCUGGUCGAGCAUUUUCUUUCGCAGAUGCUGUAAGGGCUGCUCGCUGAGCACGGCGACCCUAAUUAUCUGUGCAUUAUUGAGAUGAAACUAAAACGAAGUUAUUAUUUUCGUAGAAGUCUUGUUUGUCUAAUUUUCAAACCAGCACAGUCGGCUAUUUAUUUGAGGAAAUGAAGAAAAAGCAGGGGACUGGCGCUGUGGUUUUUCUUCCUAGUGGUGCGGCUGGCUCUCGUAGCUUCUUCGUCAGUGUCAUCAAGGGCGUGAAGGAUGCUGAAGAUGCUGAAAAACAAGCAGAAAAACCGACGGUAAAAGUUAGGGCGGCCUUUGUAAGUCGUUUGCCAAUUCUUCACUUUGUCUCCACAUUUCCUCAAUGAAUGGCUCUUGCGCCUCCUUUUGUUUUUUCUAGAAUGUCGAAAGAGAUGAUAAAAUCAAAGGGAAGACAUUGACAUGAAGAAACAGCAGCAACACCAGCGGAAAUAAACAAGGGGGCGCCAACAGUAACAACGCUACUAAGCUGUGGCGUUGUUUUUUCAUCAUGAUCCUUUCAUUGUCUAAUGAACAUUUUUGAUCGAAGCUACGUCACUCCUCUAAAAAUUGGUCCGAUACAAGUGAAAGUGGCGCGCCAUCUGUUGUAGACAACACUGACGAGGAACUAUUCAGCCAAAGGGAAAUGGGGAAGGAGAGUUAUCAUUUGGUCACGCAGGAGGGCGGUGCACCUGAUGCCAAUGGUUUUAAGGCUCAUCGCUUCAAUCGUGGGCUGUCUAUUAUUUAAUAUUUGAGAUGAUAUUGAUAAAGAUGGCUCUCGAGUUUUUUUCGCAUGAUUUAUGAUUGGGUUUGUUUAGUGAUAGUACUGGAAUUUGGGGGUUAUUGCCGCACACAUUCAUAGGACUACUUUUCUCUUCGAUUAUCUUUAUGCCAGAGCCCGUAUUUCGUGCACUGUUCUCUCCGCUUCGGAGCUUAUUGGAAAAUGCCUCCUAUGACGAUGAGGAAUCCCAGUAACAUCUGCUCCAGAGGUGUACGCACGUAGCCCACAGGAGUUGUGGGGGGAUUCCUCCUCAUCAAUUGGUUGCAUUCCCAUCCCUGUCGUAUGUAAGAUGAAGGCACUUGCGGAUAUGGACAUCUCUAACAGUUCUUGCUACGACCAUCUUGCC